UCCCGCGGAACCGGAAGCGCGGUGGGGGGCGGGGCCCGUUCGAACCGUUGGCCGCGGGGGGGCCCUUCCCCGGCCCGGCGGGGGCCGCGCUGCCCCGCUACAGCGAGGUUACAUUGUGUUCUUUCAAAAUGACCAGUGAAGAGGACGUAUGGCAAAAACUAGAUGAUGAAUUUGACCACUGUGUUGUGGAUAUGAAGCCUCAUGUUCUAAAACUGCAGUAUAGGUCAGAACGACAAAGAUGUGCGCUCUGGAUUAAAAAACUAUGUGAGCCCUCAGGAGCAGGCACAGGAACAGCGGGAAGGAAGAAUCGGAAUCUACAUGCAAAACUUCUGCUCCACAUGCUAAAGCGAGGGGUGCUGGAAGGUCCUUUUACACAUAAACCAGAACCAGGAACACUGAAACCUCUGCCUUCAUACAUGUCUAUUUAUUUUGAUGAACCAAAUUCAACAAGUGUUCGGAGUGAAAGCCCAGACUGCUUACCUGACUGGGUAAUGGGAGAACUAGGAAAUGGUGAAUCUAAGCAAGAGGAAUCAUCUUUGUCAACUUCAUUUACAUAUGGGGAAACACUCAAGUACAAUGAGAAGCCAGCAUUAAGAUCACAUUCUGAGAGCCCUCACCGGACAAAUGAAGAUAACCUAGCCACACCGCUGUCUGGCCAUUGUCAUAAAAAACCCAUUUCUUCAGAUGACAGUGACAUCGAAGCACGUCUCAACAGUUGGAAUCUUGGGAAGCUUAAGGGGGAAUGUGCAACCAGCCUGCUGAUCAAAAUGUUAGAAAAUCCAAGGUAUUUGCGGGAAAAACCGAUGCCGUUGUCUUUGAUGAUACCCAAAACUUGUCUAGGAAAAAGUGGCACUUUUAGUGAUGGACAGACACUGCUUCAAAUGCAUGAAAAAGAGCUGAACAUAAAAAUGAAAAUAGUGGAAGGUAAAUGUCAUGAAGAAAAGCUUAAAUUACAGCAGAAGCAUGACAGUGUUAUUCAAAAGAUUUUGGAUAGAAAGAAUGAUGAAAUAGAGGUAUUGAAGUCCUCCUACAAAACCAAACAAAAUGAAGCGGAGGAGACGAUUAGAAAACUGGAGAAAAAAGUUCAGACCCUUGUUCGUGAGGCACAAGUCGUCAGAGAAGCAAAAGAGAAGCAGAUUAUGGAGUUAAAGAAGAUGUGUGAGCAAAGCACUGAAUCUUUGAACAAUGAGUGGGAGAAAAGGCUUCACAAUGCUGUGGCUGAAAUGGAAAAAGAGAAGUUUGAUAUUCGGAAGAAGCUCACAGAAGAUAUGCAGGAACUGUUUGAGGACACUAAUGCUCGUCUUGGCAAAAUGGAGGAAGAUUAUUUGGAACAGAUAAAAUCAACUAACCAGACGGUCAAAAAACUGGAGGCUCGUGUCCAGCAGUUGACUGUGGAAGCUGAAAACGGUAAUUUACUGCGUCAAAAAUUAUCUCAAGAGAAGACCGAUGCAGAACAACGUUACCAGGUGGUGUGUGCUGAACUUCAGGAAAUGAAAGCAAGGCACAGCUCACUUCAGAAAGACAAGGACCGUGUUAUACAGGAAUACGAGGAGAACAUUCAGCAACUACAAAGUAAAUAUGAUGUUAAUAUAAAUUUUAUGAAGCAGGAACAUGCUGCCUCUGCUGCUAAGGCAUCUGAGGUGAUUGAAGAGUUACAGCACGAUGUCUCUCUGUUAAAACAACAGUUACAAGAUCAAAGGCAGCAACAGCUGAGGGAUCAAGAAUACAAGCUUCAACAGGAAAAACUUCACUUGGAGCGCGUAUAUGAAAAACAGAUUCUUGCUGUCCGGAAUGAUAUAGAUAAAGAAAGAGGGGAUGCAGAAAAGAAAAUACGCAAACUGGAGGAGUCUUUGAAGGAGAAGGAGGAGCAGCUGACUCGGGUGACAGAGGUACAGAGGCUGCAGGCCCAGCAGGCAGAUGCUGCCCUGGAGGAGUUUAAGCGGCAGGUGGAGCUGAACUCAGAAAAAGUCUAUGCUGAAAUGAAACAGCAGAUGGAAAAGGUUGAAGCAGAUCUAAGCAGAUCAAAAUCACUCCGGGAAAAGCAGUCCAAAGAAUUCUCCUGGCAAUUGGAAGAUCUCAAGCAAAGAUAUGAGCAACAGAUAGUGGAGCUGAAGCUGGAGCAUGAACAGGAGAAGACGCACCUAUUCCAGCAGCACAACGCAGAGAAGGACUGCCUGGUCCAAGACCAUGAACGGGAAAUUGAGAAACUGGAAAAACAGCUUCGCGCUGCCAUGGCAGAGCACGAGAGUAAAACUCAAGAAUGCAGGAAACGAGAUGGGCAGGUGAUUUGUGAUAUGGAGAACCAAAUCCACAGCCUGAGGGAAGAGCUGAUUCAGGUAAACACUCAACGGACGCAGCAGCUGCUGGAGCUGAAACAUCAAUGGGAAGAGGAGAAGCAGAGGGCGGCUCAAGACCAUGAGACGGUGCUGAAGAAGAUAAAGAUGGAGGCAGAAAAAAAGAUACUCGACCUCAAGAAGGUCCAUGCGGCAGAAACAGACAAGGCCUUGGACAAGGCAAACAGCCGGCUGAAACAGGCUGAGAAGGAGUACAGUCAGAAGCUGGCUACAUCCUCACAGAUCAUAGCUGAACUUAAGACAACCAUUUCCUCUCUGACAGAGGAGAAUAGACAGCAGCGGCUUGCCGCGGAGCAGCAGCUUCAGGAAGUUGUACAAAAGUUUGACGAUAAGACGCACCAGCUGAUUACAGAUAAUGACAGAGCAAUCAAGGCCUUACAAGAUGAAGUGGAAAUGUACCACAGUCAGGUGCGAGCUGCAGAGAAGAAGCUGCAACAAAAGGAGUUGGAAACCCAUGAGCAGAUGACCCAAAUACAACAAGAAUAUGAAGCCAUACUCAAAGGUCGCGUGCCUGAAUCUGUGAGACAAGAAUAUGAAGACACCAUUGCAUCUUUAAAAUCUCAGGUAAAUAUUCUGGAGAGAAGAGCUUCUGUCCUCCAGGAAGAGGUGGACGUCUGCCACGCCAGAAGGUAGCUGCUGGAGCUGUUGGAUGUCUUCGAUUGCCAAAUGGACUGCUUUGAAUAGGUUUGAAGAUUUGGCUCUUGUAAAUUAAAAUGCAAACAUCAGUGGCUCUUUUGUUAACACAUGAAAUGCAAGGAAGUUCAUGAAAACACAUCCAUUGCUCGUGCCAGCACAUUUUCAGUUGUACCUUCCUUCCAUUUUUUUUUUGAUCAUUAUCUUAUUACAGACUUCUGUGUGUUUGACUGUGCUGAGCUUGCUUACCAAGUCAGUAGAGUUUCCUCUACUAAUAUUUUUGUUAUUACUUCCUAGCACCAUUCUUUUCACUUUUAUACAUGAAGGAAAUCCCAUUUUCUAUUAUUAUUGUCCAAGAUAUUUUAACAUAUUUUAACAUUGGUUUGUGUCCAUGUGUUUACAUAAUAUUAAAAUAUUAUUAUUUUGUAA